AAGAUGGAUCUCGAUGUGGUUAACAUGUUUGUGAUUGCCGGAGGCACCCUGGCCAUCCCCAUCCUGGCCUUCGUAGCCUCAUUUCUCCUGUGGCCUUCAGCGCUGAUAAGAAUCUAUUACUGGUACUGGCGGAGGACUUUGGGCAUGCAGAUCCACUAUGUGCACCAUGAGGACUAUCAAUUCUGUUACUCCUCCCGUGGGAGACCCGGGCACAAGCCCAGCAUCUUAAUGCUCCAUGGAUUCUCCACACACAAGGAUAUGUGGCUCAAUGUGGUCAAGUUCCUGCCAAAGAAUCUGCACUUGAUCUGCGUGGACAUGCCAGGACAUGAAGGGACCACUCGCUCCUCUCUGGAUGACUUGUCCAUAGACGGGCAAGUGAAGAGGAUACACCAGUUUGUAGAAUGCCUCAAGCUGAAUAAAAAACCCUUCCAUCUGAUAGGCACCUCCAUGGGUGGCAAUGUGGCUGGGGUGUACGCUGCUUAUUACCCAUCGGAUAUCUGCAGCUUAUCUCUCGUGUGCCCUGCUGGCCUGGAGUAUGCCACUGAUAACCGGUUUGUACAACGGCUUAAAGAGCUAGAGGGCACAGCUGAUGUAGAGAAAAUUCCUUUGAUCCCGAACACCCCAGAAGAGAUGGGCGAAAUGCUUCAGCUCUGCUCCUAUGUCCGCUUCAAGGUGCCCCAGCAGAUCCUGCAGGGCCUUGUCGAUGUCCGCAUCCCUCACAAUGGCUUCUACCGGAAGCUGUUUAUGGAAAUCAUCAAUGAGAAGUCAAGAUAUUCCCUCCAUCGGAACAUGAGCAAGAUCAAAGUCCCAACACAGGUCAUCUGGGGAAAACAGGACCAGGUGCUCGAUGUGUCGGGAGCAGACAUACUGGCCAAGUCAAUCGCCAACUGCCAAGUGGAACUUCUGGAAAACUGUGGGCACUCGGUGGUGAUGGAGAGACCCAGGAAGACAGCCAAGCUCGUCAUCGACUUCCUAGCUUCUGUGCACAACACAGACAACAACAAAAAGCUAGACUGA